AUGGAGGCUACAUCAAGUGCUCUUUCGUCUACGGCAAAUCUGGUUAAGACAAUAGUUGGCGCUGGUACACUUGCCAUUCCGUACAGUUUUAAAAGUGAUGGGGUUUUGGUAGGGGUUAUUCUGACAUUAUUAGCUGCGAUAACAUCUGGUCUGGGUCUCUUUGUGCUCUCUAAAUGUUCCAAGACUUUAAUCAACCCAAGGAACUCUUCUUUCUUCACAUUAUGCAUGCUCACCUAUCCCACUUUAGCCCCAAUCUUUGAUCUGGCAAUGAUAGUUCAAUGUUUUGGUGUUGGAUUAAGCUACUUGGUUCUUAUUGGUGAUCUUUUUCCGGGACUAUUUGGUGGUGAAAGGAAUUACUGGAUUAUUGCAUCCACUGUGGUCAUUAUUCCGUUAUGUUUAGUGAAAAAAUUAGAUCAAUUGAAGUAUUCUAGUAUUCUGGGUCUUUUCGCGCUGGCCUACAUAUCAAUUCUAGUAUUUAGUCAUUUUGUGUUUGAGCUAGGAAAGGGCGAGCUAACAGAUAUGUUAAGAAAUGACAUAUGCUGGUGGAAAAUCCACGAUUUCAAGGGGUUAUUAUCGACUUUUAGUAUUAUAAUUUUUGCUUUUACGGGGUCUAUGAACUUAUUUCCAAUGAUAAAUGAACUAAAAGACAAUAGCAUGGAAAAUAUCACUUUAGUCAUUAAUAAUUCAAUAUCUCUGUCGACAGCACUAUUUCUGAUAGUUGGUUUGUCAGGAUAUUUAACCUUUGGAAAUAAAACCUUGGGUAAUUUAAUAUUGAACUAUGAUCCUAACUCAAUUUGGAUAGUGAUUGGCAAAUUCUGUCUGGGAUCAAUGUUAAUUCUCUCCUUUCCACUUCUCUUUCACCCGCUGCGUAUAGCAGUCAACAACGUCAUCAUCUGGAUUGAGAUUACCUUUGGUGACGCUGAUCCCGAAGAGGACCCACAAGUUUCCGAAUACACUCGGGCUUCCAACUUAAGACCAAUUAGUAUGACUGUAGAAGAUCCGGCCCAGUCUAAUAAUGCACUCGAUGCAACCUCUUAUAACGAGCAGGAACGUUUACUGCCUAAUGGGACCUUCGAUAAUGGUUCAAUUGAAAGUCAAGAGAAUAGCAAUAAUGAAAGAGGCACUAUGGCAGUCGCCGGGGAUAACGAACAUCAUGCACCAUUUGUUAAGUUUAGAUUUUACUGGAUUACAGCGUUACUGCUAAUAAGCAUGUACACCUUGGCAUUGUCUGUUGAGUCAUUUGCAUUAGUUCUUUCAUUGGUAGGAGCUACAGGUUCAACAUCUAUUUCAUUCACUUUACCUGGCUUAUUAGGGUACAAGUUAAUAGGUUCCGAUUCUUUAGCUAUUGGAAAGAUGAUUCCACCAAGAGAUAGGUUUUACAAAAGGUGUAGCUUGUUGCUAGUCUUUUACGGUAUAUCUGUGAUGUUUUUAUCUCUGUACGUUACUGUAUUCAAUCGUUCCGAUGAAGCCUGA